GAACUUAUUUAUUUUUUAUAUCGUUUCUUGUUCUUCCCUUUCUUUCCCAUUCUCUUCCCUCUCAAGUUUUCUUCUCUGUUAAACAGAAAAACAAACACAAAAACCACAACGACGACCCGACUGCCAAAAUCCGAACCCGCCGCCUAGCCCGAUUACAAAAUCCAGUUUUCAUUCGCUGCCUCUCAUUUCCAUCAAUCGCCAUGCUCUCGCAAUCUGGUUCUUAAAGUAUCAGAGAAUCAGAGAAAAUUAGGGUUAGGGUUUCGAAAUUGAACCGUUGGUAGAUUUUGAAUUGGGGGUUUUGUUCUCUAGGGUUUGUUUGAAUUUUUGGUUGGAUCAAUUUGCCAAGACGGGGAAAAUAGGAGGAUAAUGUGUAUACUGUGUGUGAUUCAAAAGUGGUCGCGCCGGGUUGCAACGAUGCUACCUUGGUUAGUUAUUCCUUUGAUAGGAUUAUGGGCACUGUCGCAGCUAUUACCUCCGGCAUUUCGAUUUGAGAUAACGUCUCCAAGAUUGGCGUGUGUAUCUGUGCUAUUGGUUACUUUGUUUUGGUAUGAGGUGCUGAUGCCACAGCUGUCAGCGUGGAGGGUGCGUAGAAAUGCAUGGUUGAGGGAGAGGAAGAGGUCUGAAGCAAUUGAGUUGCAGAAGCUUAGGAAGACAGCGACAAGGAAGUGUAGGAAUUGUUUGACACCAUAUAAGGAUCAGAAUCCUGGUGGGGGGAAGUUUAUGUGUUCGUAUUGUGGGCAUAUUUCAAAAAGGCCUGUUUUGGAUUUGCCAGGGAUUGGGAUUUCAAAUCCAGGGAUUAUUAAGGAUUUGGUGGGGAAAAGUGGGAAGAUAUUGAAUGGAAAGACAUGGAGUGAUAAUGGAUGGACGUGUAGUCAGGAGUGGUUAGAUAAUGGUGGCUGGGCUUGUGGGUCUAUUGCUGGGAAGUCUAGUUAUUGGAGGAAGAAUGGGAGUGGGAUUUUUGGAGGAGAUGAGAAUUGUUUGGCUGAGAAGUCGUAUUCCAGGGUUGUGAUUUUUUCUUGCAAGCUGUUGACGUCUUUUUUCUUGAGCAUUAGGUGGCUUUGGAGGAAGGUUUUUAGGAUUAGUUCCUCUGAGGAUGGUUCUUCUGAUGCAGGGCAUAGGGCAAUGUUGGCUAAGAGGCGUGAGAAUGGGGAAAAUUAUCAUGAGAGUAGAGGAGAUAAAGCACGCAGGAAAGCUGAAGAGAAGAGACAGGCUAGGUUAGAGAAGGAACUCUUAGAGGAGGAAGAGAAAAAGCAAAGGGAGGACGUUGCGAGAUUGGUGGAGGAACGUAGGAGGCUGAGGGAUGAGAUUAUGGAGGCUGAAAGAGAUCAAAGUCAAACAUCACCACUGUCCAGGGAGAAAAAUAGUAGGAAGGAAGCAGAAAAGAAACGUCAGGAAAGAAGGAAAGAGAAAGACAAGGGGUCUAGUAAGAGCAACUCUGAUGCUGAAGAGUUGGAAAAGAGAGCAGGUAAGGAAAGUGAUCGAAGGCGGGAUGUUGAAAAGAAGAGUGAAUCUGAGCGCCGUGAACAUCAUAAAUCUGGGAUGGAAAGUGUGAGAGGUCAGAACAUUGAAUCAGGACAUGGUAUAAAGAAUACACCUGGAAGCAAUUUUAAUCGGGGCAAUGCUGGAUCCAGGUAUUUUGAUCGAAUGAAGGGUACAUUUUUGUCUUCUUCUAGAGCUUUUAGUGGAGGUGGUUUCUUUGGAAAGGCUGCCUAUACUCCUGCUACUGUUACUAAAGAAAAUAAGCCCAACAGUUCUAUAGAUCCUGUUCAUGCUUCUGCUUAUAGGAGAGAUAUACAUCCACCUGAUCGUCUUUCUGGGAAAGCAAGUCUAAAUGGAGAUGACAAGAACAUUUAUCACCCUGUGCUCUCUGAAACACAACCAAGGACGGCUCCUAAGAAAACAUGGCAGCAAUUAUUUACACUCUCAUCACCUGCUCAUCCAUCCUCAAAUUCAAAUGUCAUCUGUAGACCAAUUUCAAAACAAGCAGAAUGUCAAGCACAACAGUUUCCUGCACAAUCAUCACCAAUACAAUGUUUUGAUAAUCCAAUCAAUUUUGGGCUGCCGUCACCUUUUCCGGUCUCUGCAUUUCCAAAUGUAUCCAGUAGCACUUCUUUAGGUUUCUCACCUCCUAUUGAACCUAAUUUUCCCCGUGCUAUGGAAGGACCCUGUGAUUUUAUACCCGAAGAACCAGAGCUUUUUGAAGAUCCAUGUUAUAUUCCCGAUCCAAUAUCAUUGCUGGGGCCUGUUUCAGAGUCGCUUGAUAAUUUUCAGUUAGACCUCGGAAAUGGUUUUGCACCAGACAUGGGGCCGGGAUUGGAAAGACUUUAUGCUAUGAAGAACAUGUCUGCAUCUCCUGAAGUGACCAAGCCUUCUCCAAUCGAGUCCCCACUGUCACGACUACGAACUGCUGAUGAAAAGAAUAAUGGUUCUAAUUGGUUCCCAACUACUCCUAUAUCCCAAGAUUUUAACACUCUACCUAUGAAUGAUAUGCAUGUGAAUGAGAAGGGAACAUGGCACAUGUGGAACAGCUCUCCUCUUGGUCAGGAUGGUUUAGGUUUAGUAGGUGGCCCUGGAAGCUGGCUUUUACCCCUGGAACAGAACAGAUCAACCAAGGAAGAUAUUAUACCGCCUCCAUCUCAGAAAACUAUGGCAUCACUCUUUACAAAAGAUGACCAAAUCCUACCUGGUACUUAUUCUCCUCGGAAGACUUUUCUAGGCAAUGGCCAGAGUGGGGUAUUCAGUCCAGUCAUUGGUUCAAUUGAAAAUGAACCAUGGUUACAGAAUACGUUUUUUCCACCAUUAUCAGGCAGCAAUAGCCAUUUCUCUCUGAAAUCUCCGGAGGAAAGUACUCAGAAUGAAAUGAUCUAUCAGAGUCCUACUGGAGCUGCAACCAACAAUGCUUUUGGGCUGUCGCCAGGGCAUAGUUGUUCCAAGAAUGAAUGGGGCGGGGAAGGUUCAGGAGAAGGUUUUGGGAAUUCAUCUGUCACAAGACCCAAUUUUGGUGGUUUGUUCCCCACCUCAGAUGUACAGUGGUCAUUUGAUUAAAAAGAAAGGAAAGAUGAGGG